CCCCAUCGCAUCCUUCCAUUCCUCAAGUCGGCGUCUUUUCCGGGAAUCGAACUUCGCCAUGGCCCCGAAGGAAUACCUCUGCAUCAUCCCCGAUAAGCCCGGAACUCUCGCGAAGAGACUCGAGGUUCGACCUCAGCAUCUAGAAGGCGUCAAACCUCUCGUCGCAGCAGGGAAGGUUGUUGUUGGCGGCGCUAUGUUCGACUCUCAUCCUGUUGAAGGCGAAACCCCCUCGUUCAAGGGCAGCGCUCUUAUCUGUAUUGCUGAGACCGAGGAGGAAGUCAAGGAGGUGAUUUGGGGGGAUGUCUAUACGAGGACUGGGGUUUGGGAUGUGGAUGCUGCACAGAUUAUUCCGUUCAAAUCUGCGGUAAGAGUUGCGGUUUAA